AUUCAAUCCAGGUAAAGGUCUCUCCUCCAUUUUCCUGUAACAUUUCAAGAAAAAAAGUCUGAAAUUAAAAAGUGAAUAUUCCCCUUUUUUUUUUUUGCAAAUUCAUUUGGAAUUAAAUGAACGUUCCAAAACUUGUUAUCAUUUUAAGAAAAAGACCAUCUCCAUACAGGAUUUGAAUAAGAUAGCGAAUGAGGAAUAACUCUGAAUUUAAUUUGGUUAUGAUUGUAACGAUAUUUGUUGGCAGAGUUUGGAGAUGAUAAUGUCCAAAACUCAAAUCGAGUCAAUCUGCUCAUCUCUUCUUCAAGAACUUGAGGUUAUAUGGGACGAGGUUGGAGAAACUGAAACCGAAAGAGAGAAGAUUUUGAUUGAAAUUGAAGACGAAUGCAGAGCAGUUUAUAGUCGAAAAAUCGAAAAGGUAAAAGAAGAGAGGAAUCGGCUAAGACAAGACAUUGUUGAUUCAAAGUCGAGAGUUAUUGCUAUAUGUUCUGUAAUGGAAGAGCCAUCGAGUCUUGGAAGACAACACCAAUCUGAUCAAAGUGGAAGAAGAAGUUUGAAAGAAGAGUUAGUAAAGAUUCUUCAGAAACUUGAAGAUAUGGAAAAGAGAAAAUCAGAGAGGAAGGAUCAGUUUAUUCAAGUAAUUGAAGAUAUAAAAUCUAUAAGCGAGGAGAUAAAUGGAGAAUCUGAUGAUACUCGUUCAUCUGAUUUUUCUGUUGAUGAGUCUGAUUUAUCUCUUAGAAAGCUUGAAGAGUUACACAGUGAGCUUUACACACUUCAAGAAGAGAAGAGAACCCGGAUGAAACAUAUUCAAGAUCAUCUAGGAACUCUGGAAUCACUUUGUUCAGUGCUUGGUUUGAAAUAUGGAGAAACAGUUACCAAGAUUCACCAAAGUUUAGUAGAAUCAGAAGGGUCAAGAAGUAUAAGUAAUGAAACACUUGACAAGUUAGCUUCAUCAGUAAAUCAAUGGCAUGAGACAAAGAUACAGAGGAUGCAAGAACUACAAGAUCUUGUGACGACAAUGCUUGAGUUUUGGAAUUUAAUGGAUACACCAGCAGAAGAACAACAGAAGUUCAUUAACGUUUCAUGUAAUAUAGCUGCGACUGUUUCUGAAAUAACCAAACCCAAUAGUCUUUCCACAGACUUGCUUGAAGAGGUUAAGGCCGAGCUAUGUCGGUUAGAGGAGUUGAAAUGGAGCAAAAUGAAAGAACUUGUUUUAAAGAAGAGGUCAGAACUUGAAGAGAUAUGCAGAAGAACACACAUUGUUCUUGAAGAACAAGAUAUCUCAGUGGAGAAUGUAAUUAAAGCCAUUGAAUCAGGAGAUGUGAACCCUGAAAAUAUACUAGAACAUAUUGAGUAUAGAGCUGGGAAAGUGAAAGAGGAGGCUUUAAGCAGAAAAGAGAUUCUUGAAAAAGCUGAGAAAUGGUUGAAUGCUUGUGAGGAAGAGAAUUGGCUUGAAGAAUACAAUCAGGAUGAAAACCGAUACAACGCUGGAAAAGGAUCUCAUUUAAUCCUCAAACGUGCAGAGAAAGCUAGAGCACUUGUUAAUAAACUUCCAGCUAUGGUUGAAGCAUUAGUUUCCAAAAUCACAAUUUGGGAAUCAGAGAAAGAAGCUGAGUUUCUAUUUGAUGGUAAUCGUCUACUUUGGAUGCUUGAAGAAUAUACAGAACUUAGAGAAGAGAAAGAACAAGAACGUCGCAGGAAAAGGGAUCUGAAGAAACUUCAAGGUCAAGUGACAUCAGAGCAAGAUAAAGGAACUCCUACGAGACCUCAAAGCGCGAAAAAGGGUCUUAAAGUAUCAACUCACAAGAGAUUUGCAUCAUCCCCUCAUACUGAUUCGCCUCGCUCAGCAAAAUCUUUUACAUCUCAAUCUCGCUAUGGCUAAAAUGAUGGAGCAAAAAGACUUCAAAAUAAUUCUUUUAGUUUGCGUGUAUUCAACUGGUAAUUGAUUCUUUCUUGCAUAAAAAAGAAUCUGUAGGAAUAUUUGUUCUUUUUUCAGUGGCGUUACCUCAACUUUGUUCUUAACAACACCAUUAUUAUACAGAGCAUGUAAACAAAAGAGAUUAGGAAGAGACACAUCGUCUAGAAACUAAGUCAUAUCUCUUUUGUUAAAAUCAAACUUUUCUAUGCUUAAAACAUGCUAAUUAGUAAGCGGCUCUGACAAAGAAAGGAAUCUGAUUGAUUAUUGGAUCAUUUGUAUUCUGUCAAACUCGGAUCCAAUAGGUACACUGUUUGGGUUGCGGAAAGAAAAAUUGACUUUGACCGACCAAAUGCACUUGUUGAAGAAAUCAAUGUCAGUUAUCUUUCUAAGCUUUGUACUCAUAUGAAAUCUUUAAACUUCAUAUAUAAACUUUGACACUCAAAUUUUACUACAAUUGCAUGAUUGUAUUUGUAUCAAAAGAUUUAGCUUAUCUUGCAAAUUAAUUGGUCUUAGUAGAUUUUAAAAACUAUUUUCUUUGGUCAACGUUACUACAAAGUGAUUAACUGGAAAAAGACAAAAGAAACUGUCAGAAUUUGGUAUUCUUUUUUUUUUUUGAAAUUUCACUUUAAUGUCUUUUUAGCAGUUUCGUU